AUGAAGCGACCAGCAGCACAGGACGCCCAGCCUACCCAGGGUCAGGCAAAGGCUAAGGCCAAAGCCAAGUCAGCCAGCUCCACCAUUUUGGAAGGUGCUGUGGUGGACCUUGAGGACGACUGUGAGGUCUGUGAGGGUGGGGAGGAAGAAAUGAAAACUGAGGACCCGGAGGUAAGCUUUCGACUUGACGAAACCGCUACCAGCACAAAGGACAGAAGCAAGAACCUGAAGUUCCAGGCCCUCCUGAAGAGCGGCCUUCUUCCUGACUGGCUGGUCAGCCAGUGGAAGAAAUCCGAGACAAUGAAGGGAGCAAAGAUCGAAACGCAGAGACGUUUGGUGAACUUGGCGAUCGACCGCGAUCCCUCAUCCGGAAAGUUGAUGUUGAACACCAACAAGGGCUUCUUCAAAACGAUCAAGGCUGCGUACACGAAGUCCGAGUCGAAGGAGAAAACGAAGAGCCUCCCAAAGAGUCUCUUUAAGAGACGCUUCAACUUGAGUGAGGAGACGUUCCAGCAGGGGCUGCUGGAUGGAGACUUCCACGAGGUCCGCACGAAGGAGGGAAAGUUGAAGUACUGUUGGGAUGAGGAGCAGCAGGCCACCACCAAAGGAAAGGUUGCAAAGUCUCACGUGGAAACCAAUCAGCAAGCUUCUGAGCAGGAUGCUAAGGCCUUCCAGCACUCGGCCAGCAGCUGGAAGAUAGGCCUUUUUGACAAGGCAAGUGGGAGUCGGGAUCCUGCGCUCCUGGCCAUAGAGGACAGGAAGGUCCAGCUGUCAAACGAGCAGUGGGAAGUUGCCAAGAAACAGCUCGGGGCGGAUAUGGUGAGCAUCGAUCGAUUGACGAGUGCGGUGCAUAGAUUGAUCAAGUCGAUGGACAAGUCGAACAAGUUGUAUGGGGACUUGAGUUUUGUCUUUCAUGAGCAUGUGUAUUCUGG